AUCCGGCCAUGAGCUAUGUACCUCGCUCUCCAAUCGGACUUGAAAUCCGAAUCGACACUGGAGUCAAACCUGGGAGUCUCCGAGUCUGGGAACCAUGGAAAAGUCAAAGAGCAGAAGCACCGUGUGGCACGCAUCGUCAAGUGGCGGAGAAACCGACCUUGCCGUGCCGCCACGUGGUAUUUGCACGAAUCUCCAGGUUACUGGGAAGGGUUAAAGGCCGGAGCAGAAGGGUUCGUUGGGCUUCCUCUCCCCUCCUCCUCCUCCGCGGCGGCCAAAACCCACCCGCCCGCCGCCAUGGCCAAGUACAACGUGGUCCAGAAGAACAAGCGCGAGUUCAACCAGGACCGCAAGCGCCAAGCCCAUGGGGAUCCCAACUCCGGCAAGCUCAAGCACCGCAACGCGCCAGUCUCCAUGUCGGGCAAGCGCAAGCGCAAGCUCCUGCGCCGCCACAACCGGGACCAGAAGGAGGCUGUGAUGGUUAAAGCGCUGGAGAAUAACAUGGGCGACGUGGAGAUGGCGUCUGCUGAAGCAUCUUUGGAAACUGCAAAGGACAAGUCCCAGAUGAAGUUCAAUGUGAAGAACUCAAGGAUACAGAUCAAAAGAUUAAAAGGCAAAGGUAGAAAUAAGGCCAAAAAUGCCAAGCAGCCAACGAAGGAAAAAGCUGAUGCCAUGGUAGAAUGACUGGCACUUGCAAUAUGAGCAUUUGUAGGGCACCAGCGAGGACCAGACACUUGUACUCUUGGAGUGAUUGUAUGGAUUUCAGACAUGGUUUUAAAGUUGUUGAAUGCCUGAUUCGGUUUGGUUUGCCAUUCAAAGCUCUUGAUUUGGUUUGGUUU